AGAAUGAAAAGAAGAAGAAGAAGAAUGAAAAGAAGAAUGAAAAAAAUGAAAAGAAGAAUGAGAAGAAUGAAAAGAAGAAUGAAAAGAAGAAGUAUUCCAGUACAGCAAAAAGUGUAUCUGCAGAGAGCUCCGCUAUUUCUGACAGUUCUCUGACAGUUCCUUCACAUGUACAGCGGUUGAAACAUUGUAUCUAUUUAUUUCUGAAUAAAAAACAUCUGUAUCCUAAAUGGAAACAAAUAGAUACAAUGUUUCAACCGCUGUACAUGUGAAGGAACUGUCAGAGAACUGUCAGAAAUAGCGGAGCUCUCUGCAGGGACACUUUUGCCGGCUGAUCGGGAAAAAUCCGAU